UGGCUGGCACAGCGGGUUCCCGCCGUGCAGUUGUGCGGGGGGCUCUGGCCCGGCCGGGCCUGGAUGGAGGCGGCUGCGGCGCCGAGGAGGGAUGUGCGGGGACGUGCCGCGUGUCUGCCCGACGGCUGCCGAGAGGAGAGCCCGCCCGAGAGGUGCGCGCCGUUGAGGAGGCUGCCCGCGCCCCCCUGAAAGUUUAUAUGGACUAUAAUGCAACCACUCCCCUGGAGCCAGAGGUCAUCCAGGCCAUCGCAGAGGCCAUGCGGGAAGCCUGGGGAAAUCCCAGCAGUCCUUAUCUUGCAGGCAGAAAGGCCAAGGACACUAUCGGGGCUGCUCGGGAGAGCCUGGCGAGGAUGAUAGGAGCCCCUGCUCGAGACGUGCUCUUCACUUCCGGGGGCACUGAGUCAAAUAAUUUAGUAAUCCAUUCUGUGGUGAAACAUUUCCAUGAAAACCAGACCUCAAAGAGGGAUGCAGUUGAGUGUCACAGCCAUGUGGAGGGGGCCAAGCCCCACUUCAUUACUUCCACAGUGGAACACGACUCCAUCCGCCUGCCUUUGGAGCAGCUGGUGAAAGAGCAAGUGGCCGCAGUCACCUUUGUCCCAGUGUCCAAGGUGAGCGGGCGAGCGGAGGCUGACGACAUCCUCGCCGCUGUCCGCACAACCACAAGCCUCGUGACCAUCAUGCUGGCCAAUAAUGAGACCGGUGUCAUCAUGCCCAUCCCUGAAAUCAGUCACCGCAUUAAAGCCCUGAACCAGAGACGGGCAGCUGCCGGCCUGCCCCCUGUCCUUGUGCACACAGACGCUGCACAGGCACUAGGGAAGAGGCGCGUGGACGUGGAGGACCUGGGUGUGGACUUCCUCACAAUUGUGGGGCACAAGUUCUACGGUCCCAGGAUUGGAGCACUUUACGUACGAGGGCUCGGUGAGCUCACCCCUCUGUACCCUAUGCUGUUUGGAGGUGGACAGGAGCGGAAUUUCAGACCAGGGACAGAGAACACCCCAAUGAUUGCCGGCCUUGGGAAGGCCGCUGAGCUGGUGGCCCAGAACUGUGAGGCUUAUGCAGCCCACAUGAGGGACGUCCGGGAUUAUCUGGAGGAGAGGCUGGAGGCUGAAUUUGAUAAGAGAAUCCAUUUGAAUAGCCAGUUUCCAGGGGCUGAGCGGCUUCCCAACACCUGUAACUUCUCCAUUUGGGGACCCCAGCUUCAAGGCCAUGUCGUGCUCGCACAGUGCCGGACGCUGCUGGCCAGUGUGGGGGCCGCUUGCCACUCAGACCAGGGGGACCAGCCAUCCCCAGUGCUGCUGAGCUGUGGCAUCCCCUUCGAUGUGGCCAGGAACGCCAUCCGGCUCAGCGUGGGCCGCAGCACCAGUCGGGCUGAGGUGGACCUGGCCGUGCAGGACCUGAAGCAGGCCGUGGCCCAGCUGGAGGGCCAGGCCUCGUGAGGCCACCCUCACUCAUAGGAAGAUAUCACAGGGCACCAGGCACUUCACCUUCCAUCGCUCUGGUGGCUGUGCUGGGAUGACUGUCUCGUCUCUCAAGUAGUUACUCUGCCCUGGGGUGUCUGGGGGGGGUGCAGGGGUGUUCUGGGCAUCCUUCCCCAGAAAUGGGUCUGCCCAGCACACAGACCCCACGUGCGGCCCACAGGCCAGGACAUCAGAGCCCACAUAGGACCGUCCCCCAGCUACUACUGUCAGGUGUGACAUUGAAGUGGGACUUCAGCCACAUCCACGCUGCCCAUAGGGAGUUGGGCCUGUCAUGAACUUCCCUUCCUAAAAGGUGGGGUUUUUAUCUGGAAGGUAAAGUCCAAGUGCUUAUAAUUCAUUUUCAGCUAAUCUCUGUCGUGAAAAUAGGAAACCUGACUUGCUGCUUUGAUCAUGGCCUCCCACGUGGGUGUGCAGAGUGGGCCCCUGAAGCCCCUUCUCGGGCCCUUAACAAAUGCCCCCUUGACCAUCCAUCCCUGAGCUCAACGUGUGGGGACCGCCCCCACCAGUGCUUCCAUGGCCCUGCCUGUCUCAGGAGACCUGCAGACAAGCCCCUGCCCCACUGCGUCACUCAGGCCGUGAGCCAUGAGCCUCUGUGCACCUCCCACCCCAGGGGCUGCAGCCUUCCCUCCUCUGAUCUCUUACUCGGGCUCAACUGUCACAAAUGCCUGAGAGUCCUGGGCAGCCCAUGAUCCUCAGAGUCACAGGGUCUCCGUGCGACCCUGGAUCAUUCCUGAUGGAGAAAACUAGAUGCCCCCCACUUGGCUUUCAUCCUGAUUUUAUUUGCAGAGGUCCCUCUUACGUGCACACGGUGGCCACAUAAUAUGUGGAUGUCUGCAUAGGGUGGUGUCAGUGCAGUGACACCUUCAACGUGUGGUAUGAGGAAGGAAGAACUAUGUGAUGAAAUUGUGGAAAUUAAAUGACUGAUUAAAGA